ACGUUCUUUCAGUUUUCAUAUACCCGCCAAAUAGAAAAUUUAUAUUUUCGGUAAGCGGAUUGCAAGCAUAAAGAAAACAAUAUAAACCACACAAUUUCCUGUGUUCUCAAAAGCUGCUCUUAAGGGGAUAGUUUACCCAAAAAUGAAAAUUCUGUCAUUUACUCACCCUCAUGUUGUUACAAACCUGUAUAGAUUUUUUUUAUUCUGAUUAACACAAAUUAAGAUAUUUACUAUGGAAGUGAGUGGGGUCCACGAAUGGUUUUGUUACAAACAUCUCUCAAUAUAAUUUCAUUUGUGUUCAUCGGAAAAAAAUAUGCGGGUUAGUUACAACGUGAUAUUGAGUAAUGAUGACAGCAUUUUCAUUUUUUGGUGAACCAUCCCUUUAGGAACGUUAGUACUGCUUUUAAGCACUUGCAUAACUAGAGAUCUUGCAUGUAUUUGUUGAAUGAACGAUUUACUGCAAAAUAAAUAGAAGUUUGCCUUCAUUUAUUUAAUUUUCCCAUCCUAUUGCCAAAGAAACGAUUCAAUUUCAAAGAAAUUAUAUUUUAAAAAUGAGCGGGAAAGCACAACCGCGCUACAAUGGGUGUAUUAAAUUCAAACAUUAGGCUAUGGGUGGGGCUACCGUUUUAGCGGCGUUGAUUGGCUCUCUUACGUGUUUGCUGCUCCAAUAAAAUCCAUUCGUGUUGUUUGUCAAAUGAAGAACCCCAAUCAGCACCGUGAGCCUGUUGAGUUUAAAAAUUAGCAUAGACAGAGAAUAAAUACUUCUUCACCAGAGCAGUUCGUUAACACACUUUGGUGUUCCGUCUUGAGUAAUCAUGCCUGAGCCAGCGAAAUCCGCACCUAAGAAGGGAUCCAAGAAGGCCGUUACUAAAACCGCUGUAAAGGGCGGUAAGAAGCGCAAGAGGUCCAGGAAGGAGAGCUAUGCUAUCUACGUCUACAAGGUCCUGAAGCAGGUUCAUCCUGACACCGGGAUUUCCUCUAAGGCCAUGGGGAUCAUGAACUCUUUCGUCAAUGAUAUUUUUGAGCGUAUCGCCGGUGAGUCCUCUCGUCUCGCUCACUACAACAAGCGCUCCACCAUCACAUCGAGAGAGAUCCAGACCGCCGUGCGUCUGCUGCUGCCCGGUGAACUCGCCAAACACGCCGUGUCUGAGGGAACAAAGGCCGUCACCAAGUACACCAGCUCCAAAUAAAGUUUCCAGCUUUUCAACACCCAAAGGCUCUUUUAAGAGCCACCCACUUUAU